ACCAUUGGCCCUUCGUUGUCCAUCUGAGCCUGUACAGAUUGUGGACGUUGGAGAAAGUGGUCCAAUUUGAUGCUCUCGUUGCAAGGGCUACAUAAAUCCUUUCAUGAAGUUCACCGACUUCAUCUGUAACUUAUGUGGAACUAUGUGGCUAAGGACAUAAAUUUUGGAGUUGGAGUUCGGGCCGCAAUGUUGCAAGGUGUAUCCGAGGUUGCAGAAGCUGUGAAAGUUACGAUGGGACCUAAGAGUCAUAAUGUGAUUAUUGAGAAAAGGAGAGGGGAUCCGAAGGUCACAAAGGAUGGUGUCACUAUGGCAAAAAGCAUUAAAUUCAAAGACAAGGCCAAGAAUGUUGGUACAGAUCUUGUAAAGCAGGUCGCGAGUGCAACUAAAACAGCUGCUGGAGAUGCUACAACUUGUGCAACUGUCCUGACUCAGGCAAUACUAACAGAAGGCUGCAAAUCUGUAGCUGCUGGUGUAAAUGUGAUGGAUUUAUGCAGUGGUAUUAACAUGGCAGUUGAUGUAGUCAUAUCUGACUUAAAAGGCAAAGCGCAAAUGAUUAGUACCCUAGAAGAGAUUACACAGAAAUUGGAUGAGGCUGCUGUGCAGAAGAUGACAAGGGAAAUGGAUGAAAUUUAUGGUAGCCAGAUUGGAUAACCAGCUUGUAGUUGCAGUUCCGAGGAAGGUGUUGAAUUAUCAUCGUUAUAACCCUAGGAUUGAUAUGAGUGCUGGGAUGAUUGAAGAACAGUAGUCUAGAAAAUAUGGGAGGACACACGUACGAGAACAUAUGAAAUAGGAUGCUUCAAGUUGGUUGACAGAAAGUUUUCAAUUUAAAUUAACCAUUGAAAUGAUUCGUCUCCCCUUUUCUUGCUUUUAAUUAUUUGGUAGUCUACUCUUUUUUGGUUAUAUUGGUUGAAAUUUAUAAAUUGAUACUUGUUUCAUUUCCAACAAUUUCUUUCAUCCUUAUAGAAAGGUUAAUGUUGAUUUCUUCAUAAAAAGUGGAGAUUCUUAUUCAUUUAAAAUUUACUUAACUUUGCUAGUCGGACUUCUCUUCCCUUGGUGAUGAUGUGGAUUGUGGAGCAAAGAGGUCUAUUUGGCUGUUGCAUUAAGGGUUAUCCUAGAAAACUACCUUGGUAGGGAUGUAAGAUGAAUUCUGUUGUUGGCUUCCUGUGAGUGGAACUCAUACAGUGCAGGAAUCACGCACAAGAUUUUAUUGUGCUAGAUAUGUGUGUUUGCUUUUGGACUGGAAUUAAAGAUAAUGAGUGAUUUUUCAAUAUUUAGUUAAAGUAAGGUAUGCGGAUUAUAUUUUGUGUUCUGCAUAAUUAGUUUUUUCAUUCUGUCAUAUUUUAUGCCAGAUGAUCUUGUUAAAUUUCUUCUCUUCUUUUGCCUUGAAUUUGUUAUUUUGAAAUGCUUCACCAAAUAUACUAUCUCAUGCAAGAAUUAUAUGGACGGAUGUGUUGCUGAUGGAUGAAGCGUUACCUAAAGAUGUUCUCUUUUAGUUUUCACUGCAGUUUAUAUAAGAUAACCUUCAAAGAGGCAGCCAUUUACUAUUAGGAGGUCAAGGCUUCACAUACUGGUCAGCCCUUAAGGAUAUCAAGCAUUAUAACUUGGUUCAGAUGUUAAGCCACUUAUGUAGGUUGCAAUAUAUACAUGUGAAGAUUUUGGUUUUGAAAUCUACCAGGUAUGAACUCAGAGGAGAUGAAGAAGAAUACAUAGCUUGUUUAAUAAGCAGAGGAGGGUGAUAUCUACAAGAAUUUGGCAGUCAUUGGCUUUCUUCACUCACUCCCAUUAUGUAUGAUUUGAAUUUCUUUAUUCUUAUUUAAUGAAAAAAUAUAUGGUGUUGCACUAAUAAUUUUCGGUGUACAAGAAUUUUUCUGCAAUCCAAGUAAUGAAACUUUUCUACAACAAUCGCAAUUUUCGUUAAAUGAUACCAUCAGCUUCAGCUAUUGCAUCGUUCUAGCGUUCUCAACUUUACCAGGUUGUAUAUAAAGUCCUCAGAGAGUGAUUUGUCAUGCCCAGAAGAUUGUUAAUGAAUGGCACACCUAUCCAAAAUAAUCUUUAUGAAACUUGGGCUUUGAUGCGGUUUUGUAUGCCUUCAGCAUUUGGGACACUGGAAGAGUUCAUUUCUUCUUAUUUAAUGAAAAAAUAUAUGAUGUUACACUAAUAAUUUUUGUUGUACAAGGAUUUUUCUACAAUCCAAAUAAUGGAACUUUUCUACCGCAACCGCAAGGUUCGUUGAAGAAUACCAUAAGCUUUAGCUGCUGCAUCGCUUUAGCAUUCCAGGAUUGUUGUUGUAUGUUGAGUAUAACUUGAUAUACCAAUGUAGUGGGGAUGGAUAGCCAUUAAUAAAUGGUUGUGUUUGGGAUUA